AUGCCUAUCUUAAAUGGUGUCAAAUUUGCCUGUGAGCCGUGCAUGAGGGGCCACAGAUCGUCAAAAUGUACCCAUUCGGACCGAAUUUUAAUAAAAGUCCGCAAACCGGGCCGACCAUUAUCCUCAUGUCCGCAUGAGGCCGGCACCUGCAGUUGCGAAAUUGCCAGUGUGGCUAUUCCGAAAUCAUCAAAUAGUUGUCCUUGUGGAACACCUGACGGAAGAGUAAAAAAAGAGGACAAAGGCCCGAAGGUGAGGGGUGUUUCACACCUCUCAUCCAUUCCCUCUACGCCGGUCCAGCAGGCUCCUAUGGCCCCAAGCUUUGGUUUCCCGGGUGGUUUUUUAUCGCCCGGCAUCGAAAACCCGAACGAUUUUAUGUCUGGUAUAGAUCCUCAGAUGUGGCCACCGGGAGGUUUUAAUGGCAUGAACCCUCUAGACCCUUUUGCAGCACCAUUAGACCUCGGUACCCCGCAAUUCUUCCCACCCGGCCCACCACAACCAACUGGUCUUCCGUCAGUUCCCAUCGUCAAGGCCCCAUCAUCGAAAAAGAGUUGUUGCAAGCCUGAACCUGGGAGUAUGGAUCCACAGAGCUUCAUGGACGCCGCAGCGGCCGGAUUUCCUGGUCUUCAACCUACGCAGUUACCUCCAAAUAAUCAAUAUGGGGAUUUCCAAAUACCAAAAGAGCAAAAGACCCGUCGCCAUACUACUGAAAUGUACCCUCGUAAACGAGCAUCCGUUGGAACAUACCCCGACGGCGAUAUGAGGCAGUUUGGGCCCCACGGGCCGGAUGGACGCAGUACUAGUGUUCCAAAUGUCCCUUUAAUGGGCGCUCAGAUGGUCCCCGGUAUGCAGUACGGACCACAACAAGGUGAUCCCAUAUCACUUGACACUCAGGACCCGGAUUACACGAUUUACUCGACUCGCCGAUUCAAUCAACGACAAGUUAAUUAUAUGAACGCUAUAAGGGAGGCGCAUGAAAGGCAACUACAGGAGGAGGCAGACAAUGCUCGAAGAGCCAGUCAGGCUAGUGAGCAUGCAAGGAAGAUAAGCGGGGGUUGCUGCGCUCCCCCUGAUCCCGCAAUGCCAUACGCUCUACCUCAUGGUCAAGACUGUGGUUGUGGUCCCAAUUGCAGCUGCGUCAUGUGUAUCACGCAUCCGUAUAAUAACGCCACUGUCGAGUAUAUUAGAAAUAUACAUCAAACCAUGCAAACACCGGAGCAAAGCUCAGAAGAGCAUUCUCCUUCUACCAUAGGGUUUUCGCACUCCGUUUCCGGGGCCGAGUUCCCAUCUACUGGAGGUGUCGGCAUGUUUGGUGAUGCUGUGCUAGAUAAUAUAUUGGAUGACAAAGAUAUGCUAAGCAUGCAGGGGAACCAGCUCUCACCUUCUGCAUUUAUUCAACUUGAUUACAACCUAGGAAAUUGCUCUCAGCACAACGGAGGGUGCAUGUGCGGCGACGGCUGUCAGUGUAUCGGCUGCCUGACUCACGGAGGACAUAACGGCGUCCCCUUCCAUAGCGACCCAGACGGAAGUCUACUCACACAAUCUCUAUCUGAACACCCUCUUGAAGAAGCCCAAGCGAACGUCCAAAACGAUAAUUUAUCACUCGAUGAGCAAAAAAUAAACGACAAUUCCGAUGGAAGCAUUUGGAAGACGGAAGACUCAUCUAGCAGUUCUGGGAUCCGACAGGCAAACCGUAAAACAACCGGGAGUUAA